GAGGCCCCAGUAUUCUGCCAACAAAGUUAUAGUUUGGGUAGUCUUUCACAGGCACAAAGAGCUUCUCGUGCAGGUGAAAGAUGGGGCCCGGGCCUUGGGUAACUGCAGAGGUUGUUUGUUUACAAGGCUGUUCACUGGGUCGUUGAACAUGUUUUCCUGCAAUCUGUUGAUCUCUUCGUCCAGAAGCUUCUUGGUGUGUCAAGAUGCAAAACAGAUAACUGCUCAUCUUCUUUUCGUGUAACAAUUGUGUCAAAUAGUCAGGACUUCUCUGUCUCGCCUUCCCUUCUGUCUCCCGACUGGCAUCUUUGUGCCAUCAAGAGUGAAAUGUUUUUUAUAAACAGAAAAAAACUUGGAAAACUAUUGAUUUGUAUCCCCCUACAUUUUGAUUGCUGUAGUCAGAAUUUGGUUUAAUUUGUUGUUUGAAAAAAAAAAAAAGACUACCUCUAUAGAUACCAUUGAAUACAAUGUUAUGAAGACUGUCUCACAUUGAUAUCACCAAAAGAGCAUUAUUCUUCUGUGAGAAUUUGAGCCAGUGUCAAAGAUGUAAAGCCAUGGCCAGUGUGAGCUUGUGGACUGUCACAGGGGCACUGUGAAGGUCAGACGGUAAUAUCAAUAUGAAGCUAGUUUACAUUAGGUUUAAACUUUAAAUGCAUGUGUUUGAUCACUAAAUCACAUUUUGAAUCUCUUGAGUAUUCAUUGAAUAAAUUGCCUGUGUUAUCAAAAUCAUUCACAGCUCUGCCUCUGAUGACAAGCAGAAACAUACCACAGCUCAGGUAAAUCCAGAACAAAAUAAAUCCACACACUGGUAUGCUUUUUUUUUAUUUGCACAGACACCGUUUCCAUUCUAAUUGUCUGGGUUUUUGUGAACUUGUCACCCACAUUUUGUUCAGUUUCUAAUUCAUCUCACCUUCCUGAAACAUUUUCAAGUGAAAAAUUGUUCAUGAUGGUUUUAAUAUCAGUCUGACUGAGGUCAUCUAUAUGCUCCCUCUGCAGGGUAUGGCGGGGGAGAUGGAGCAUUCGGGGAAGAACAAUGACCUCAGGGAGGAGGACAUGCCGGCGCAGGGGGGAGUGGAGAAUCAGAUCAACGAACAGCACCUUCGCUGCAUCGAAAGCAUGUUCAGAGAGGCUGACACGGAUGGAGGAGGGGGGUUGGAUAUGGAUCAGUUUCGGGAUGUGGACAUUAUCUUUAUGAAGGUGGACACCAACUGUGAUGGCAGUGUGGACUGGGUGAGAGAGGAAAACAAGACAAUGAAUGGGAGUGCUGUUUUGUCAUCAGUUGACCAACUCCUCUGGAUGAAUAUGCUUCUAGAGUACAGGCCACUCUACUUUCCCAAACCACUCAAGAUUGUGCCUGUUGCACACUGUGAGGUCAUUGUCCGGCUGCAGUUCUACCCAUUCCAGCCCCAAGCCGGGAAGAAGAAGACAGACUCUGGGGAGCAUGGCCGGAACUCAGGGGGUUCUAAGGGCCGCGCCCACAAUGGACGCUACCUGUCAAUCAGCCGAAAUGGUGUACUCAACUACUGGAACGAGAGGUUCUCGCUGCUGUGCACUGUCAAUAUAAGUCAGAUGCAGCACACAGUGGGCCAGCCCGUCAGGGUGACAGACAUGGUCUGCCUGAGCAACAUCAACCUGCUCUCGAUCUCCUCCACAGGACGAGACGUGGGUGUAUCUGUGGGAAUAUCUGUGCAAAUACGUAUAUGCAUGAAAGCAUAUUGAUAUGCAGUAAUAUUAUGUUGUACAAUGUAAUACCUACUGAGUUAUAGCUACUGUAUGUUGUGCAGUGUGUGUUUGUACAGUGUGUUUGUGUAUGUUUUUCUGUCACCAGAAUACUAUGACAUCAGUGCUAGGCUGGACAAUAGAACAAGUAAAAAUUCACCCAAGGCUGAAAAACGGCCAAAGAACAUUGGCUGAGCUGGAACACUAGUUCGAGGCCAUAGCAAAUGAAUUGAACAAACCUUUGCGGAGCCGCUUCGGACUAGAGUGAUGCUUAGAACCUUUUUAUUUUACCAUUACAAUCUGUUCUUAAGAUGAAACAGAAAAACAACAACUUGUGUAGAAAGUAAAUAGCAAUAGUGUCAAGUGUGCUUAUGUCUACAUAAUGAGGAAGUAGGAAAACAAAUGGAACUUCUGACUAUUUCUGGUCUAGCAAUCGAUGACAGCAGAGUACGCUGCCCAACCUUAUGUCAUGAGAAAGAGGAGAUUAUCCUGAUUAAAAUGGUGUCCGACUUGAAUAAAUCUAAAUAUAUACAUUGUGAGAUAUUUGGUGAAAUAGACAGACAUGUCCAUGUAGAAUUUUCCCAUAGGGAAACAAUUGGGCAGCCUCAGAGCUCCACCUGUUUUGCAAAAUAAAUAAAUAAACGUUUUUUUGACCUUG